CUGCCAUUCAGCACGUGUCAAGCGUACUUCUGCUCCGGUCCAAAGUUUUUAGUCUGUGAUCACUGACCACCACUACAGUUUAAAAGAUUUCCACACAGUUCGAUUUUCAAUAGACAACAAACCAGAACGAGAUAUGUCCGACCAGCAGGGAGACGACGGCGGCGACGAGUGGAAAAAAUCGCUGACCGGGCUCUCUGGGUCGGAUAAUCCGCAGUGUACGCCCAAGCAGAUCAAAGAAUUGACUCUAGACGAAUUGCGCCGAGACGAGAGACUUUGGACGGCGUACGAGAGGGGCUGGUGUGAUUUGUUGCAGUCUUACAUGAACAUGCAGCUGAUGCAAUCUGAAACUUCCUUUAUGUUGCCUGAACUCACGCGGCCAGGGUAUCUGGCACCCACGAGUGCUGCAGAUUCUGGUGCAGCAGUGCAGGCCACCGCGGUGAACGCACGCGAUCCGGAUAAUGCAUCUUCGAGAGGCGAUCCGGCGAAAGCAUCGGCUGCAGCAGAUGUGACGGACUCGUUGGAAAAGGCGAAUGAUGCACCGGACCCAGUGCGUUCGCUCGACAUGGUAGCAAUAAACGCAGCCGAGUUGACAAAGAAAAAUUGUCUCCCUAGACGGAUCGACGUUCGCGUUAUCUCAUCACGCAUAAAACGGACUUACAAGUACGCUGACGUCCGCCUGUGUGAAUUCCAAGGACUCGGGCCCCGCGCUGUGGUACAGCAGACUUCUCUGGAUGUUGACAGUGAUGAUUCGGAAGUGAUUGCUAAGCAGCUGUCCUCAAUCAAGAUCAAGAUCACGACACCGGAAGCAACAGAGUUUGAACUCAUUGAUACGUUAGACGAAGACAAUAACAAUGAAAAGUCGAACGCCGACGACGAGUAGUUUUCGUUUGUUAAGAAUGCAAACAUUAUACUUUUUAUAAAAUAAUAUUAUAAUAACCACUUAUUCGUAUAAAUAGCAUACUGUUGUAGGGUUUGGAAGUUGUAACAUCAUAAUAGUUACAUUUUACCAUUUUGACGUGGAAUGCCUAUUAAAAUUCUAAAAUAUGAGCUAAAUAGCACUUAAACUGUGAUAUAUGCAAAUUAAAUUACUUUUUGGAGAAAAAACUAUUACAAUUUUAUACUUAUUAUUAUUAUUUUUUAAUGAUUUUAACUUUUGCGGUUAUUAUUGAUUUUAGAAUUGUUGUAUAUUUUUCCAGAAUUAUAGGUAAUGUAACCAGAUAAUUUGACAUCAGCUGUUGCCUAACCUAGCCUAACCUAACCGGAUGUUCUCAACAUUUUUAUGUUAAUUUAAAUUUAAAUCUUAUAGACAUAUUAGAUGCGUGACUCCAUUAUUAUAUUAUAUAAUAUGCAUACAAAUAU